ACAAGAGCAGGUCAGUGUUCUGUAUCAGAACAUACACAUAGCAGAACCAAGAUUAAUCCAGCCAUAUGAGCAUGUCAUUAAGAACUUCAUCCAAGAGAUCAAACUUCAAAGCACAGAGAUGGAAACUCUGGCCAUAGCAGUAAAAAGAGCUCAGGACAAAGCAGCUGUUCAACUCAGUGAGUUGGAGGAAGAGAUGGAACUACGCAUACAGGCUGCAGAGCAUAAAGUUAAAAAAGAAGAGAAGCAAAAAGCUGAAGAAGCACUAAAUGAGCUGAAGCGCCAGUAUGACACUGAAGUUGGGGAUCUUCAGGUGACAAUAAAAAAGCUUAAAAAGCUGGAGGAGCAAUCCAAAUAUGUCAAUCACAGGGAAGAUGUAGCUGAACUGAAAAAAAGAAUACAUGAUAUGUUGCUGGAAAAUCAGAGACUUAAGAAAGAUCUUUUAGAAGCACAGACAAAUAUAGCUUUUCUACAGAGUGAAUUAGAUACCUUGAAAAGCGAGUAUGCAGAUCAGUCUUUGAACACUGAGAGGGAUCUAGAAAUCAUCCGAGAGUAUACUGAAGACAGAGAUAAUCUGGAAAGACAAAUUGAAAUACUUCAAUCAGCUAAUAGAAAAUUACAUGACAGCAACGAUGGUUUAAGAAGUGCACUUGAAAACAGUUUCAGCAAGUACAACAGAUCACUGCGGUUAGCAAAUACCUCACCAGGAAGUACCAUUUCUAGAAGCAGUCUUAAAUUCAAUGGUGAGCAUUCUCCUUUAAACCCACGGUAUGACAGGUCUUCUCAUUCGUCUUGUGUUGAUGAAGAUUAUGAUUCUUUAGCCCUUUGUGAUCCGAUGCAAAGGAUAAGCUGUGAAGUUGACAGCUUACCUGAGAGCUGUUUUGAUAGUGGUUUGUCUACCCUGAGAGAUUCAAAUGACUAUGAUUCAGAAGUGGAAUACAGGCAUCAAAGGAUUUUUCAAAGGCCACAGUACAUGCAAGAAGGCUUUGGUGGUGAUGCUUCUGAUACAGAUGUUCCAGAGAUCAGGGAUGAGGAGACGUACAGUCCUGCUAGCAGCACUGCAGUUUUAGACUGGAAGCCCUCACGACCUGUUAGUCGAAGCAGCUCGGUUGCUUCAACGAGGAAACACAUAUCUGCUCUCGCCCCUCAGUCAGAUGCAGCUGAAUGCACUCCAAAAUACCCCAGUUCAGAGAAGGCUUACAAGAUUGUUCUUGCUGGAGAUGCAGCAGUGGGAAAAUCCAGUUUUCUUAUGAGACUCUGCAAGAAUGAAUUUCAAGGCAAUACCAGCGCGACUCUGGGUGUGGAUUUUCAAAUGAAAAGACUAAUUGUUGAUGGAGAACCUACAGUGCUACAGCUGUGGGACACAGCUGGGCAGGAGAGAUUUAGAAGUAUUGCUAAAUCAUACUUCAGAAGAGCAGAUGGUGUCUUACUACUAUACGAUGUAACAUGUGAAAAAAGCUUUAUUAAUGUGAGAGAAUGGGUGGAUAUGAUAGAGGAUGCGACUCAUGAGAAUAUUCCAAUUAUGAUGGUGGGAAACAAGGCAGAUCUCCGUCAAGAUGUUACAGAACAAGGGCAAAAGUGUGUGCCUAUAAACUAUGGAGAAAAGCUGGCUAUGACUUAUAAUGCGCUAUUCUGUGAAACAAGUGCUAAAGAUGGGUCCAAUAUUGUGGAAGCAGUUCUUCAUCUUGCUCGUGAGGUGCGAAAACGAAGUGAUAAUCAAGAUGAUACAAGAUCAAUAACCAGCCUGGCUGGGACACCUGUCAAAAAGUCGGCACUCACGAAAAACUGUUGCAAUGUUUAAAUGACAGAUAAUUUUCCUUAACUAAAUAACUUGUAUAUUUAAAAAAAACCAAAGCCAAUAACCAAACUGAAAUAUUUGUUGUGUUUCCUUUUUAUUAUGGAUUUAUACAUUUGUAUAUUUAGAAGCUACACAUAAUGUUCAAAAUCCAGACUCUAUUUUCUAUUCAUUCAAAUUUGUGAAAUUGCUUCAUCCCAUACUCUGGUUUCACCUUUCUUAAGGAAUAUAAUUCAGUGCAAUGAGCUCAGAAUCAAUGCUAGUCACUACGUACAAUAUUGUAGUAUAUAUUAUUGUGUCUACCUGCAUGUUUCUUUAUGGCAUCAGUAUUUCCUACAUACAGAACUUAAUAAUAUCCAAUAUCAGUCACAGGUAAAGAAAAAAUUACAGCUUCAGUUAAUUUAAUCUCUUUAUGAUCAUGUCUGCCUGUCUAGUUUUUGACAGCCUUAAGUAUAUAGUGGCUAAACAUUUCUUAGGAAAACUCCAAACUAUUAAGGGUUGCCUAGGUCCAAGUAAUCCCUAAGUUUAGGGGAACCAGAAUGGUCUUCGCUGCAAGAAGACAGUGGCAGGUGCAUGGUGGUCUGUUGUAGUUCCUCAAAAGUUGGCUAGUUAGAGUGUAUUUCAUUUUGAGCAUUGGGGUUUGACUAAGAACUGAGAAGUAUACUUUACAUCUUAUCCUACACAGCUCAGAGGUGUAAGAAACAGUUCAUUUAUCUGGAUGACUACAAUUCAAAAUUCCAGAGAGAACGUAACACCUGUGAUAUGUAGGAUUACUGAAAUAAGUAAUGAUCCGGUAUCUAUCUUUUUAGGCUAGAUCAUUAUUGUUACUACAAAGCAAUAGGAGUUGUAACUUUUCUCUUGUUUUUUCUAAUAUAUUCUAUUCAGUCAGUAAUUGAAGGAUUGUAAUAAUAUGUAGGAGUCUGAUUUAAUAGAUACUUUUUAAUGCAUUUUUAUAAGUUUUAAAUCAACAGAUGAAAGAAUUGCUGCACAUGCACAAGCAUUUGUAUAAAUUUUUCAUUAGAAGAGAACCCUGGAAUGAACAGCAAUCACCUUAAUGAGAGUACUUUUACCUGAUUUUAGACAAGUUCUGAGAAACUUAGCAAGGGGUGGUAGCUUUAGGUGUCAGAAUCUCUAAACAUUGAAUUUUGAUAGUUUAAAAUAGUUCCCAAGAGUUCCAUAGUGUAGUAAAAAAUUAUGGGCAUUUACACAGUUAGUGGUCAAAAUCCAGUUCUUCUUAACUUUUUCACUGAUUUCAAUCAAAAUAGGAUAGGACCUUUUUAGAGCCAGCGAACUGUUGUCUCCUCUGUUUCCAUUAAUAAAACAUCUCCAGGCUGAGGCCUAGUUCAGUAAAUCAGACUUGGAUUAAGUUUUAUCAACUGAUGGAAAACCCAUAUGACAGCAGUUAUAUAACUAAUUCAUAAUUUGCAGAAAAUAAAAAAAGGUUUCAGCUAGGAAGAGUAUUGUCUUUAGGCAUUCUUUCAAGCCUGUAAUCAGAGUAGCUAAUCCUUGGGUAAUUAUCAGCAAAUUUUUUAACAAGAGAGAUCUAAUGCCAGAAUGAAUAAGGCAUUUUAUUUCACUUUAUAACAGUUCAGGGUUAGGGUUAGAUUAGAACACAAAACAUAUUUGGUGAGGGUUUUUUGAAGUACUAGGAGAAUCUUCACAUGCUACCUAAUUCCAUGCAGGAGAUUUCAGAUUUUCAUCUUCCCAUACAGCAGUAAAGGAAGCCUCACUGUAGUUCUGAGACUUAUUUGAAGCAGGUGGCAGAGGAUGCAGGACACUCAGGUGUAUCAGGAAUAUGCAUAAUCACAGACAUAAUAUUUGCUGUUAACCCUAUAUUAUUUAUAAAAUAUAAAUACAGUUUCAGUAUUUUUUCUCCUUCUUUGAGGAGAAAAGCCAAAUUUAACUGACUGCAUUUUGAGGGCCUCUUCUGUGUUCUUUGUGUGAACCCUUCCCUCUGUCCAUAUGAGUGAAAUGGAAGUAAAAUUAAUUUGGCAUGUGUUUGCAACAAGAGGAAUAUGACACAGUGCUUGAUUUGUGAAGUGUGAGCCUUCAACAUGUAGGUAUUUGCAUUUCCUCAGGAUAGGAUCAUGAUUAUAGGCUGUUACUUACAUUCCAAAAUGGUUUUCCUUCAGUGUUGUUAACUUGGAGAACCUGGACUGGGGAAUCAGUGUUCUAAGUGUGUGUCCUGAGGCUGCUGUGUUUGAGCAGCUCUGUGGUCUUGUCCUGCAGUAAAUGAGGUGCAAUGUUUGCCUAAACAUCAUUGACACACCUGCAUGAGCAAAGUGUUUUGGCUGGAUACAGAGAAUCACAUAAAGUGAUUUAUAGGAAGGAUUUCUGGAAGUGGUUUUGUAAAACUUUCCAAAGACCCCAGCAGAGAUGGACUUUUGCCAGCCCUAGAUUUGGUUAUCUGUGGGUUUGGGUAACCAGCCCGUGAAAAUGCGCCAAGACAGAAGUACUGCCACCAUUCUGGGCAAUAUGUUCUCAUACUUGUCCUCCUUUUCUGGAUAAACAUUUCUCUUCACGUCCAACUUCAGUUCCCCAAAUGACUACAAAUUUAUAACUGUUUUUCCCCAUUAUGUCCUUUCCUGCUAUGAACAAGAAUUUGACUACAAUCUUGGUGACUUCCCUUUCAGUAUCUGUAGAUCUCCCUUGAGCUUCUCUCCACCAGUGUAACAGUAUCAGGAGAAUCUCUUGCAAAGUAUCUCUGGGUUCCACAUCCCAAAAUUAGUGGCAUGUGUGCAUGUGUAGUCAUUGCUUUCAUAUCUAAUAUUUUUUACCAUACAGAGGUUGCCAUGUGAAUUUCUAUGUUUGUAGAGAGACUGGUUGAAGGAUGUGAGUUCAGGGACCUGCCUUCACACCAGUUUUUUCCUCUCAUAACAGUCCACUGAUGUUUUGGGUACUUUUGUUUUUCAUUUAUUUUAAUAACCAAAAUCUAUCUUAUGUUAUUCAGACAAUUUAUGUAGCCUGAAUUAAUUUAUAAAGUUCUGUAGUUUUUUUUGUGUCAUGUAAAGCAACUUUAAUUUGAAACAGUGUUGUUUUCUAUAUAAGAUUCAGGGUAGAAUGUUGUUAGCUGUUAACAAAGUUUUACCUUGGAGUAAAUUUAUGAUCAAUAUCUAGAUGACUGAAAAAGCACUAUUAAAUGGGGAUAUAGCUAUAGCUCAGUUGGAACUCAUUUUAGAAAUCCUGUGAUGGUCAGAUCCAUCAUGUCUUGAAUGUUAACAUAAUACCAUGUUGAAUUCAUGUUAAAGCAAAAGAACUUAAAAUCUAGAAAUUAAAGCAUAU